CCACCGAAGCAACCCAAUGAACGAAUCAUCAUCGCUCGUCUUUCUCGGCGAAUCGGACGCGAUGAGACUCUCCGAUCGCGGAACCUAAUUCCAUCGAAAGUUCCUUCGAUCGGCAGAGAAUGAGCUCCAGGGCCCGUAAUCUCACCUUCAAGCUCGUUCUCCUCGGUGACGUCCGAGUUGGGAAAACCUCCCUUGUAUUGAGAUAUGUAAAUAAUGUAUUCUCUGAGAAGCAAGAAACUACGGUGCAAGCUUCCUAUUUAACAAAACGCCUUGUCAUUGGAGGUGUGCCUAUUACCUUGUCCAUAUGGGAUACUGCUGGACAGGAACGUUUCCAUGCCUUGGGCCCUAUAUACUAUUGUGAUGCAGAUGGCAUGUAUCUUAUAAACACAACAGUGCUUUUAGUCUAUGACAUCACAGAUACUGAUACUUUUCUUCGAGUUAGAAAGUGGGUUAAGGAACUUCAGCAGAUGGCAUCAAACGAUAUAGUCAUGGUCAUUGCAGCAAAUAAAAGCGAUUUAAUCAGAUCAAAGAAGUAUGAUAUUCAAGAAGCUGAAAGCUAUGCAAUGACAAUUGGAGCAAAACUUUUUCUGACAUCUGCGAAAUUUGGGUCGGGAAUAAAUGAUGUCUUUCUUGAUAUUACAGCACGAUUGUUGCAGAAGAAAAAAAACAGUGCCCAGGGCUCAUCACCUGCUCAACCAAGAAAAGGGAUUAUUGUUGUAGAUGAUGAACCAGAGAGAGAACCCCCACCAAAGUGUUGCUCAUAGCAUUGAGGUUCCAGAUUUUUACAAGUAACCACAGGUACACCUACCACACUUGAUUUGUUUGGCCAGAGGAAGAAAAGAAAAUUGAUUUUACUUGCAGGAGCAGUAGUAGUGUGAAUAUUGGCGUCUGCUAUGUCGAGGGUGAUCCAACAGUAGGAAAUCUAGGCCUCGUGUAUCUUCACUAACCUGGACAGAUUACCAGAAAUUAUUCGCAUCAACAGCAGUAUCUGCUGUGUCCCUCGAGAAAUGUUUUGUGUUAUUUGGUGUCUACAUCUCCAAGGUGAAGUCAGCUUCAACUGUUCUAAACUUCCGUCCUCUCCAUCGGCCCAUUUAGUUCAACAAAUUGAAGAACAAGAAUAGAUGUCUUUAGCUGAUAUAUGUUUUAUAAGACGUACAUUACCAUUACUUUAAUGCUAAAUCCAAUUAUUCCUUUGUUUUGAUCUUUAAGCAGUUAAAUAUGCACGGAAAGAUUGCACACCAUUAUGUGCCUCUGAAUGCUUUUGCUUUCUUGCAGAUUCACAGCCAUGUUUAUCAUGUACAACCCACUACGGCCGACCCUGUAGCUUGUUGGUCUGAAGUAAGAUGAAUCUUUAUAUGCUUUUGAUGACUCAGUUGUUGAUGGUAUUUUGUUGUUAUCGUAUUAAGAUGCAACAGAAACAAAAAUAAAGCAACAAAACAGAAGUGUUAUUAGUAUUAUCAUUAUUAUUAUUGGAUACGGAAAGCGGUUUGGCUCGCUGCUUUCCACCACGUUAUAUUAUGUAGCAACGAGCUAAGAUGGUUUCGGUCCCUCUCUCCCUAUGCCUCUUCCAAGUGGGAAGGGCCUGUUCAUCACCUAGUUUAAUCUCAGAUAAACAGUUGGAGGAGACUUAAUUAGUUCAUAUAUGAUUGAUGAAUGUUCUAUCAUUAACUUAAUUUAAUGUUCAAGCUAAUUAGAUUAUUGGAUCAUUAUCAUAUAUAUUGUGGGAAUAACCAGCAAGUUUAGACCAUGCAAACUCAUGCUGAUCAACGGAAGUUUAGACCAGAGUUCUGUAAGCUACAUCAUUCACACUAUUUGGGAACGGUAGCUGGAUCUGCCUCCCAACAGUUGUGGAAUUCAAUGAAAUCAUGUGAACUAUUCCUUGUACGUUAACAAGUGCCUGCAAAGAUUCUUUACAUUGCCAACUCCAUCAUCAGAUGGGCUUCCUCCUUUUCCGACCAUCUAUUUCGGCUGCGUGGGAGGAGAAGACAAGGGAACAAAUUACGUGUCAUGUCAUGGAGAAAACGUCUUCACCUCAUUACCAUAUCAAUGGGGAUGGAUACAGCGGGCAUUAAACCUCGUCGCUGCAUGCAUAUUAAUGAGAUGCAAACGUGGAAAGCACACAGAAUUGUGGUGGAUGCUGAUGAUGAUGAUGAUGCACCAUCCAGAUUUUGAUGAGAGUUCCUUUACAGCAUCUGAUCAGAGGAGUUACACGGAAUCAAGAUAAUUGUGUAGUGCUGCUGCAUUCACACCUACUAUCAUCUGCAGGAUUGCGUUGUUCCCGUCGAGGAGGAGCCAAGUAAUAGGAACAGAGUCAGCAGGACAAGAUGCCGCUCUGAUAAAUCUGUUCAUAUCUGAUUCCAAUGAGUCGAGGCAAUUCCCCGCCUACCAGAGGUCCCCUUAGUCAAGAGACGCAGAAACGGCACGUCCUAUUGGCUGCAUUCUCGGUCGACGUGGAGAACGCGAUCAACCCAAGAAUCUCUCCUUCGUCCGACAUGACUCUGCAGUCUUCGUCUCCUCCUGCGGUGGGGAAGGAUUCCUAAACAGUGACUGGUGGUAGAAUCCUAAGGAAUGCAGAGUUUUGGUGGGGCCCGUUGGACGUGGAUGCAUGCUUUCUUAGACCUGUCUCACGUGGAUCGGUGCACUGUAUUACCACUUUGAUCGCUUGCACGUUACUAAAGCUACGAUGCGUUACCGCUUUGAUCGGGA